GUGGUGACCGGAUGUAAUAAGCUCUGCUGUUGAGCACGAGGGGUCACCUUUCCACCGAUCUGACCUGUAACUUGGCCUGAUAGCAUCGUCUUCUUGUCCAUCAUGGUUGGUUUGAAAAAUAAACUCUUGUUUUUCAGACAUUCAAAUCACAUGCAAACAGGAUCCAGCCAGAUGCAAACUCCAUGGUAAGGAGAGUUGCACAGCUCGACCUCAUUCAUAAACCUGUGUCACCUGUUUGAUCGUGUGACCAAGACUCCAUUACCACCAUGUCUCUGCGCUCCUCACUCCCAGAAAAGCAGCUGCUGUGCCCGCUCUGCUCCCUCAUCUUCACCGACCCCGUCACCACUCCCUGCGGACACAACUUCUGCCACGCCUGCCUCCAAAACACCUGGGUCAAAUGUGACAACAUGUGCCAGUGCCCCACCUGUGACAAAACCUACUCCCCACGCCCGGAAAUCAGCAUCAACACCGCGUUCAAGGAGCUCGCGGACACCUUCAAAAACAUGAUCAUUCCGCAGAAAGUUACGCCGCUUAACAAUGUCCAACCGGGAGAGAUAACUUGCGACGUUUGCUUGGCUGCUUCGGUCCAAGUGAAAGCCCAGAAGUCGUGUUUGGUUUGCCUGGCGUCGUACUGUUCCAUUCACCUGGAGCCGCAUCAGAAAGUGGCGGCUCUGCAGAUGCACAAGCUGAUCGACCCCGUGGCUGAUCUGCAGGAGAGGCUGUGUAAAAAGCACGAUCGUUUACUCGAGAUGUUUUGUAAAGAGGAACAGAAGUGCGUUUGUCGGUUCUGCGUGGAGACGGAGCACAAGAACCACAAGGCCGUGAGUUUAGAAGAGGAGAGCGCGCAGAGGAAGGCUCAAAUAGAAAAGACUGAAGCUGAAUUCAAAAACAUGAUCGAGCAGCGACUUAAGAAAGUGGAGGAGAUUUCAAACUGCCUUCAGCAAAGAAAGGAGAGCGCAGAGAAGGAGUUGGAACAGAGCGACAUCCUGUUCACGUCUCUAAUCAACUCUAUUAAAGAAAGACAAACUGAAGUGAAGGAAGCGAUUCUCAAACAGCAGACGUCAGCAGAGACACAAGCGGAACAACUGACCCAGGACCUGAGAGCAGAGAUCCAAGAACUGGAGACGAGGACCGAGGAGUUACAGGAGCUCAGAGAGUCCGACGACCAUCUGCAUCUCAUACAGCGGUUGCCGUUGGUUACUGCUCUUCCGGUCUCCAGAGACUGGUCUGAGGUCCGGUUUCCCUCAGAGCAGAGCGUGGGGAUAGUGAGAGACGCUCUGUCUAAACUGAAGGAGACAGUGGACAAAGAAAUGGACCUGCUCAGGAACCAAGAACUGAAGAUGGUGCAGAAAUAUGCAGUGGAUGUGCAGUUGGACCCCCACACGGCCCACCCAAACAUCGUGCUCUCUCCAGACGGGAAGCAGGCGGGUCGGGGAGAGCUGCUCCACUUAGUCCCUGACAACCCCCAGAGGUUCGACCCGGUCAUCUGCGUCCUCGCCAAGAAUGGCUUCGUGUCAGGACGUUUCUACUUCCAGGUCUCCGUGGGCUCAAAGACUUACUGGGACCUGGGUGUAGUUCUGGAGUCUGUGAACCGUAAGGGCAUGAUCACAUCGAAGCCGGAGAACGGUUUUUGGACGGUGCGUUUGCGAGGAGGAGGCGAGUACCGCGCUCUGGACUCCCCUUCGGUCCUGCUGAAGCCGCAGACCAGGCCUCAGACAGUGGGCGUGUACACGGACUACGACCAAGGCACCGUUUCCUUCUAUGACGUCGGCUCCAAAACUCUGCUCUACUGUUUCCACGGGUGCGGCUUCACGGAGAAAAUCUAUCCUUUCUUCAGUCCGGGAGUUUGUGACGACGGAAAGAACGUAGCUCCAUUAAUAGUGGUACCUGUUAAACCAGAGAGGUAGAGAUGGGCGUAUAGUGACAAAAAGUGAUAUCUCAAUCGCUGGGCUUCGGAUGACGUCACAACAUUCUAUAAGCCAAUAAUGUUUAACGCAGAUGGAGACAGCUGAAAUAAAUAUGGGUCAAAUGCAGGUUUUUGUUGUAAUGCAGUGAGUUCUUGAGUCUAGUCACUGAUAGAAAUGGUCAGGUUCAACAUUUGUGCAUUUACUUUUUGGAUAUUUCAUGGCAAAGCGCAAUGUAAUCAAUGGAGAAAACCAGGUCUUGUGCCCCCAUCUGGGAGAAUAACGUCAUCACAUUUACAAAUUUGAUGAUGUCAUGAUUUCAGAUGGAUAUAAAUGGAUAGACAAAUGGAUAUAACUCUCUAACUUUUGUUUAUUUAUCAUUUUCCUUCAUGUGGAUAAGCCCAGUAAUUACAGAUGUAUUAAAAUUAGACCUUUGACCUGUCUCCAGCUCAGUUUAAACUAUAAGGAUCGUAGAAUGUUGUGAAGUCACGUAAACACAACCGAUUAAAGCUUUUAGAUAUAUAUUGAAAGAAUGAAUAAUAUCGCAGUUGUUGUUUUGGAGAUAUACACAUCAUUUGAAUUUAAAAAUAGUAUAUCGCCUAUAGUUACCAGACAAGUAUAUAAAGUGAUAUUUCGGCACCUUUUGCGGUCAACUUCACGCUCCAUUUAGCUUUUGUGCGAUACUUGAACCUCAAACAAGACAUAUACAGGCAGAUUUCAGCACAUUCCUAGUGCAUUUUUAAAUUAUCGUCUGAAUAAAACUCAUUUUCCGUUCAUUUUUCCCAUAGACUUUCCGAAAAAAAUGUCUAUUAAAAGUUUGAAAGCUCAGGGCUCAUCAUCUCUGUGGUUAU